AUGCUCACCUCCAAACCCCCCUACACUCCGUUGGCGAUGCCUCCGACUCAAACCCCAACCACCUCGUACCACCUGGGCCCGGCCCAGAAAUCAGCCAUCUUUGGAAAAUCACAGGAUGGGAUGGCUUUCAUGAGUCCCACGGAGUCGGAGUUUUCGGAUGUACACGACGGGCUCCAGGCCGUCCGGUCCUGGGACGAGAAACAAGUUAUCUCGUGGCUUCACAGCAUCAACUGCGGCCAAUAUGAAUCGCUUUUCAAAGCCAACAACUUUGAUGGCAACAGCCUCAUGGAGUGCGAUCAGAAAAUCCUUCAGGAGAUGGGCAUCAAGAAGAUUGGCGAUCGCGUCCGGAUUUUUGUCGCUAUCAAGCAACUCCGGAACAAGUCGGUCGCCAAUCGAAAGCAGAAAAAUAUGAAACAAUUGGCAGCGCUGGAAGCCGUCUACACGAAUUCGCAAACCUAUCCCCGCUAUGCCCCGCCGACCGGUCGCCGCCCGACAGAUUCAGGACUUCAUGCUCAUCCCAAUGGCAAGCCAUCGUCGCGACCGGGAUCACCCCUGCGCCCCCAUCGAUACGCCGCCAGCCCGCUAGAGAGCGCGCGCAAGGACUAUUUCAGCCAACCGUCAUCCGGAGGCUCCAACCCCGGCCGCCACCCUGGGACGCCGAAUGAGGCAGGCCAUGGUCACCGUGGCCCCAGCCACCUGCGACAGAACCCGAGUUUAGACGGCUUGACGAUGGGACCGCUCCCAGCGAACACGCCCGUGAUUCGGUUCAUCUACACCGGCGGACAGACCAAGGUGUUGAAUAUCAAACACUGUAAGACGGCCGAUGAGGUGAUCCUCUGCGUUCUGAAGAAGCUGCAGCUUCCGGAACACCAAUACCGCAACUACUGUUUCUACGUGCUGGAUGGGCUGGACCCCGACCCUUCCCACUGCCGGAGACUGGCUGAUCAUGAACUGAUGGAAAUCUGCGAAAAUGCCCAUCGCUGGGAACGAGGGCGUUUGAUCCUGCGCAAGAUCCAUGCGGGCGAACCGGAUAACGAUGAACUCCGCCGAGCGGCGCAGCUGGCCCUUGACGAGAGCCAAAAUGCCCAUCUCAAUGCGCUGAGCGGCUCCAACAUGCGCAACCGAGAUAAGAUCCAACAGCUGACGGGCGAGUCCUGGUACAAGAUCAACAAGCCCCUGUCGCCGGGAGCCCCCCGGCACGGGGAACAGGACGUGCCGCCCGCGACGGAACGCAACCCUGUUUCCAAACUGCGGUCGUUCUUUGGCGCGCGUCCUCCGAGCGAGAUGAUCAUUCACGAAAUCCAGUCGUAUUUCCCCAGCCACCACCGGGAAGAUAUCGAGAAGACCAUGCGGAUGUCUGUUCGCCGGUCGCAGCGCUUGAGUCGUGCGGCGAGCCGGGUCAGCGUGAUGAGCAACGCCAGUUACGCCUCCAGCCUGCGAGAUGCGAGCUUGCGUGAUGCCCCGCCGAUCCCCAGCAUUGCGGACCAGUGGCUCAGUUCUGGAGCGCAGGGUCGCCCACAAAGACCCCUCUCCGUCUCCAAGUUCAGUCUUCCGCAAACCACCUAUCGGGACUCGAUUGCCUCCAGCUCCCUCCAGCCUCUGCAGGAGGAAUCACCCAUCGAGCCGAACCGCAAGUCAUACGUCUCAUUUGAUAGUGGCUCCGACGACCCCAGCACAUCCCGUCAAAGCCUGAUCGAUGAGAAUGCUAGUGUCGCCGCCACCGACGGUGGGGACUCCUUCAAUGAGCGGCUGAGUGUGCUGGUGCUUGAAGACGGCGAAGAAGAGGAUGACGGGCUCAACGACUUCUUGGCCGGGAACAACUUCGCCCCCAAGAACUGGAUGAAGGGCUCGCUGAUCGGCGAGGGAUCCUUCGGCAGCGUCUUCCUCGCUCUGCAUGCGAUCACGGGAGAACUCAUGGCCGUCAAACAAGUCGAGAUCCCCUCGGCCACCAAGGGCACUGAAUUCGACAAGCGCAAGAACAGCAUGGUCACGGCCCUCAAGCACGAGAUUGAACUUCUACAAGGACUCCACCAUGACAACAUCGUCCAAUACCUGGGCACCACCGCCGAUGACCAGUACCUGAACAUUUUCCUGGAAUACGUCCCUGGUGGUUCCAUCGCCACCAUGCUCAAGCAGUACAACACGUUCCAGGAGCCGUUGAUCAAGAAUUUCGUCCGGCAGAUCUUGGCUGGCCUUUCCUACCUCCACAGCCGGGAUAUCAUCCACCGGGACAUCAAGGGAGCCAACAUCCUCGUGGACAACAAGGGCGGCAUCAAGAUUUCCGAUUUUGGUAUCUCAAAGCGGGUGGAGGCCUCAACGCUGCUUGGCGCCCGAGCCAGCGGCACCGGCGGCGGCCAUCUGCACCGGCCCUCCCUGCAGGGCAGUGUAUACUGGAUGGCGCCGGAAGUGGUCCGCCAGACGCACCAUACCAAGAAGGCCGACAUCUGGAGUCUCGGCUGUCUGGUCGUGGAGAUGUUCAUUGGCGCCCAUCCAUUCCCCGACUGCAGUCAGCUCCAGGCCAUCUUCGCCAUCGGGAGCAACAAGGCCAGACCCCCUGCCCCCGAACAUGCCAGCAAGGAUGCCGUCGCGUUCUUGGACAUGACAUUCCACUUGGACUUUGAGCAGCGACCCGAUGCCGAUGAACUCCUCAAAUGCCAAUUCCUCGCGUCUCCAAUCGCAUGA